AUGGCCAGCGACUCCGGGGGUCCGUCUGGACCCCUAGGAAGACCCCCUGAUAUACCAAAAAGAAAAGGUUCAAACAGAAUAGGUAUAGAGUUCAUAACCUCCAAAUAUGCCAACGAAUUUCUGGACAACGAUAAACUCAAAGAAGAAAGCAAAUGGGAAAGCUACAUACCAGCAUCGCUAGUCACCUCAAGAGGAAUAAUUAGAGAUAUAGACCUGAGCACUAGCAUGGAAGAAAUCAAAAACUUCGGAAAAGCUUCUACCAAAAUUCUAGACGCAAGGAGACUGAAUCGCAGGAUCGCCAAUCAACAAACCGUAGAAUAUGUACCAAGUGAAACGGUACUGAUCACAUUUGAAGGCAAAAAUAUACCGAAUACAGUAAGUAUCAAUUAUUACGAAUCCAGGGUAAAGGUAUAUGUAGGACCCGUACUACAAUGCUUUAACUGCCUCAGAUACGGUCAUUCUAGCAAACAAUGCAGAAGCCACAUCAGAUGCAGCAGGUGCGGAGAAGAACAUGAGGCAACCAAUUGCCAAAAAGACAUAAAAUGCAUAUUUUGCAAGCUAGAACAUCUAGCUACUGAUAGGAAGCAGUGCACUGAAUUCGAAAGGCAAAAACAAAUCAAGGAAAUCAUGUGCUACGAAAACCUGUCUUAUUACGAAGCUUCCAAAAGGGUACCAAGACCUGGCAAUCAACGAACAAACUAUACCAUUACAAGAGCUGAGGAAUUCCCAGAAUUAGGAACAACAAAAAAAAUGCCACAAUCGACCAAAAACAACUUCAUCACAGUAAACGAAAGAAGACAGAAUACAGGGACCAACAAUAGAACAACAUACUCCCAAGUCAUUAAAACACCACAGAGAAAGAGACAGGCAUCCUCACCACCGAUAUUAAACUACAACAAGGAAGCACAUAUAGAAUGUCUGUUUCCACCACCAUGCAGAACCUCCACUACACCAAUUCUAAACACAAACGCGUAUCAAAGAAACCUAAGUAAUGAGAAGGAUACAACCGAAGCUAUACAGAUCACGACAUUUUUAAAAAAAAUUCUAAGACAUACAACGCUCACCACAGAACAAAUAGACAAAGUAAUUGAUGAAACACAAAGCAUAGAAUUCGAAAAGAUCUACGACAAAACAAAUGAAAACAUGGCUACGAGCCCCAUCCCAUCGGAGGAUGGGUCCAAAUUCUGA